AGUUGUGUGUGGUGUGUGUGUGUGUUUUAUGUAUGUUAUGUGUGUGUGUUGUAUGUAUUAUAUUUGUGGGUGUGUCGUGAGUUGUGUGUGUGUUAUGAGUUGUGUGUGUGUGUUGUGUGUUGUGUGUGAUGUGUGUGUUGUGUGUUGUUUGUUGUUUGUGUUGUGUGUGUCUUGUGUUUGUAUGUGUGUGUUGUGACUUGUGUGUGUUGUGUAUGUUACGUCUGUGUGUUGUGUGUGUGUUAUGAAUUCUGUGUGUGAUGUGUGUGGGUGUUGUGUGUUGUUUGUUGUGUAUAUAGUGUGUGUGUUUUAUGUGUGUGAGUGUUACGAGUUUUGUGUGUGUGUGCUGUGUGUUGUGUUUGAGUGUAGUUGUGUUAUACGUGUUGUGUGUGUGUGGGUAUUGUGUGUUGUUUGUUGUGUAUAUGUGAGUGUGUUAUGUGAGUGUGUUGUGUGUAUGUGUCUAUGUUGUGUGCAUGUGUGAGUUGUGUUUGUGUAUGUGUAUUGUGAGUUGUUUAUAUGUUAUGAGUUGUGUGUGUGUGUUGUGUUAUGAGUGUUGUGUGUGAGUGUUGUGUAUUAUUUGUUGUGUGUGUAUGUGUGCGGGUAUUGUGUUUGUGUAUAUGUGCUGUGUUGUGUGUAAGUGUAUUUGUUGGGUAUGUUAUAUGUGUAUUUGUUAUGUGUUGUGUGUGUAUGUGUAUUGUGUAUGUCUUUGUGUGUUGUUUUUGUGUGUAUUGUUUAUUGUGUAUGUUGUGUGUGUGUUGUUAUGAGUUUUUGUGUGUAUUGUUUAUUGUGUAUGUUAUGUGUGUGUGUGUUGUGUGUGUUAUAUGUGUAUGUGUAUUGUGUCUAGUGUGUGUUGUUUAUGUUUGUCUUUAGUAUGUAUUGUUAUGAGUUGUGUGUGUGUAGUGUGUAUUGUUAUGAGUUGUAUGUGUGUUGUGAGUUGUGUGUGCUGUGUAUGUUAUAUGUGUGUGUUAUGAGUUGUGCGUAUGUGUGUGUGUUGUGUGUAUGUUAUAUGUGUGUUGUUAUGAGUUGUGUUUGUGUGUUGUGUAUGUUGUGUAUGUGUUGUGUGUAGUGUGUAUAUGUGUGUGUGGUGUAUGUUAUGUGUGUGUGUUGUGUGGUGUUAUUUGUGUGUGUGUUUUUCGUUGUGUGUAUGUGUGUGUAUUUUGUAUAUUAUAUGUUGUGUGUGUAUGUUAUGUGUGUAUAUGUUAUGAGUUUUGUGUAUAUGUGUCUAUGUUGUGUAUGUUAUGUGUGUGUGUAUGUUUUGUGUUGUGCGAUGUUUGUGUUGAUUGUGUUAUGUUUGUGUAUUAUGUGUGUGUGUCUUUUUGUGUUGUGCGUUGUUUGCGUUGUUUGUUAUUUUUUGUGUAGUAUUUAUUGUGUAUGUUAAGUGUGUGUGUUGUUAUGAGUUGUGUAAGUGUUGUUUGUAUAUAUUAUGUGUGUGUGUAUUGUGUGUGUUAUGAGUUGUGUGUUGUGUAUUUUAUGUGUGUGUGUUGUUAUGAGUUGUGUUUAUGUUAUGUGUGUGUGUAGUGUGUUGUUUGUGUGUUGUGUGUGUAUGUUAUGUGUGUGUAGUAUGUGUUAUUAUGAGUUGUGUGUAUGUGUGUUAUUAUGAGUUGUGUGUAUGUGUGUGUGUAGUGUGUUAUUAUGAGUUGUGUGUAUGUGUAUGUUAUGAGUUGCGUGUGUAUGUAUGUGUGUAUUGUGUAUGUUUUAUGUGUGUGUAUUGUUAUGUGUGUGAGUGUGUUGUGUAUGUUGUGUUUGUGUGUUAUGUAUAGUGUGUCUGUUGAGUUGUGUUGUGUGUGUUAUGUGUGUGUAGUGUGUAUUGUUAUGAGUUAUGAGUGUAUGUGUGUGUUGUAUAUGUUAUGUGUGUGUUGUUUGUGUACUGUGUGUUAUGUGCAUAGUGUGUUGUUUGUGUGUGUGUUAUGAGUUGUGUGUGUAUGUGUGUGUGGUGUAUUAUAUAGUUACGUAUGUAUGUGUGUGUUUUUUAUAUAUUAUGUGUGUGUGUGCAGUGUAAGUUGUUUGUAUGUGUGUAUAUUAUGUGUGUGUUGUGUAUGUUAUGAGUUGUGUGUGUAGUUUGUGUUGUUUGUGUGUUGUGUAUGUUAUGAGUUGUGUGUAUUGUGUAUGUUUUGUGUGUAUUGAUAUGAGUUGUGUGUUGUGUAUGUUGUGUGUGUUUGUGUGUUGUGUAUAUGUGUGUGUUGUUUGUGUGUGUAAGUUGCGUGUGUAUGUUUGUGUUUUGUAUAUGUUAUGUGUGUGUAGUGUGUUGUGUUUUAUUUGUGUGUUAUGUGCGUUGUGUGUGUGUGUUUUGUAUAUUAUAUGUUGUGUGUGUUGUGUAUGUGUCUAUGUUAUGAGUUUUGUGUGUGUUGUGUAGUGUGUGUUGUGUAUGUUACGUGUGUGUAUUGUGUGUGUUAUAUGUUAUGUGUGUGUGUUAUGAGUUGUGUGUGCAUAUGUUGUUAUUAGUUGUGUGUAUAUGUUGUGUGUGUGUGGUGUGUGUGUAGUGUAUUGUUUGUGUGUUGUGUGUGUGUAGUAGUGUGUGUUAUAAGUUGUGUGUGUAUUGUGUUAUGAGUUAUGUGUAUUGUGUGUAUUGUUUGUGUGUAUAUGUUGUGUGUGUGUUGUUUGUGUGUAUGUUAUGAGUUGUGUGUGUAGUGAGUGUAUUGUGUGUGUGUAGUGUGUGUUAUAAGUUGUGUGUUGUGUAUAUUAUUUGUGUGUAUAUGUUACGUGUGUGUGUUGUGUAUGUUUUGUUUGUGUGUGUUGUUGUUAUAAGUUGUGUAUGUUGUGUGUGUGUGUUGUGUGUAGUGUGUGUUGUGUAUGUUAUGUGUGUGUGUAUUAAGUAUGUAGUGUGUAUUGUUUGUGUGUGUUAUGUGUAGUGUGAGUUGUGUGUAUUUGUGUGUUGUUUGUAUGUGUGGUUUGUGUUAUAAGUUGCAUAUAUACGUGUGUGUUUUGUAUAUGUUUUGUGUGUGUAUAUAUGUUAUUUGUAUGUGUGUAUUGUGUUUAGUUGUAUAUGUUAUAUGUGUGUUGUGUAUGUUGUGUGUGUAGUGUGUAUUGUUAUGAGUUAUGUAUGUUUUGUGUGUUGUGUAUGUUAUGUAUAUAGUGUGUAGUGUGUGUUGUUGUGAGUUAUGUAUGUUUUGUAUAUAAUGUGUAUUGUUAUGAGUUAUGUUUAUACAUGUUUGUGUAGUAUGUGUUGUAGUAUGUGUUGGUUGUGUGUUGUGUGUAUUAUGAGUUGUGUGUGUAUGUGGUGUGUGUUAUAAGUUGCAUAUGUAUGUGUGUGUGUUAGUGCAUGUUAUUUGUAUGUGUGUUAUGAGUUAUGUGUUGUGUAUCUGUGUGUUAUGAGUUUGUGUACGUGUGUGUAGUGUGUUGUAUGAGUUAUAUAUGAAAAUAAGAUAUUAAAAUUUAGAAAGGAAUAUAUGUUAAUGCCAAACUUGAAAGUAUAUAGACACGUAAAGCCACAUAUAAAAAAAAAAAUACUGGAAUUUAGUAUUAUUUGAAUUUGUAUGCGGAUUCGGAUUCGGAUUCGUUUAACCCAAUACCUGAUCCGUUUGCUCACCCAAUUAGUCUCUCUUCAUUACAUUAGCCUAUCUUGUGGAUCGAAGUCGGUGUCCAAUAAGAUCAUAGGUGUUUAUACACAUCGAUUAACGGUUGAGAUGCUUUCAGCCAAUGGAUCUCAUCCGUUAGAUCGAUGUGGACAAACAUGGGAAAACAAAACCGGAGGGUACGAUUUAGGACCUGCUUGGAGCAAUCGGCGCCAAGAGCGGCGUCCGCAGGCUCCUCCUCCUCCUCCUCGAUUUCUCCGGCCACUUCUUGGCCUCCGCCGCCACCUUCGUAGAGUCCCCGGCGUUUCGAAUACUCCUCUCCUCCGUUGUCCCCGACGACGCGCCAGCGGUGCUCCGGAAGUCCGAUCACGGUGGAGGGUGAAGAGUUCCGCACAACCCCGCCGGAACCUUGAGAAGAGAUAGGCAGUUUCUGCUCAUAUUUUGCUUGAAGGUGACAGAGAUAGCAUAUACGCACCGUGGUAGCUCGCGAGCUCCGUUUAUAAUCUCGUGAUCCGAAACGCCUACUCUAAAAUCCUCAAAACCCCUUCUUUCUUUGGCGGCGCCUCUUCGCCACCGAUGGAAGUGGUGAUCGCCUCCUCCCCGGUGGACGUCGGCAUCGGUUGUUGGGAUCUACGCUCGGGCUCCGAGCAGCUCCGGUACCGCUCGUGCUCCUCCGCUCCACAUGGCCUCCUCUCCAUAGCCGGCCGCUUUCUCGCUUCCUCGCAGCUCCGCGAUUCCCCUUCCUCCGCCUCUUGCCCCAUUUUCUUCUGGUCCUGGGAUAAGCCUCAGGUGGAAGUUAGGAGAUUCCCGGCUGAGCCGAUUGGACCGCUUGUUUCCAAUUCAGAAGGCACUUACAUCAUGGGAGGAGGACCAUCCGGCAUCAUCUACCAAUGGGAGGUUGCUAGUGGGAAAUUGCUCGCAAGGUGGCAUGCACAUUAUCGGUCUGUCACCUGUCUCACUCUCUCCAAGGACGAGUCUUUGCUAAUAUCAGGGUCUGUGGAUGGCUCUGUCAGAGUUUGGUCCCUUAUGAUGAUGUUUGAUGACAUGGAAAAGGCUUCUGCUGGUGUUCUUUAUAGAUAUAGCUUUUCGGAACAUGCUUUACGUGUCACUGAUGUUGUUACGGGACAUGGGUUAUGCAACUCCAUUAUCAUCUCAACCUCAGAGGAUCGAACAUGUAAGAUAUGGAGCCUAUCUGAGAGUUUGUUAUUGAGGAGCAUUACGUUUCCUUCCAUAAUUGAUGCUAUUGUAAUGGAUCCUGGGGAGCAUGUGUUCUAUGCUGGUGGCCGAGAUGGCAAAAUAUAUAUUGCAGCGCUAAAUGCUGAAUGCAACCGCAAUAGCAUACACGGGAUGUUCAUCAUUGGUGCCUUAUAUGAUCACAGUAAGGCAAUAACAUGCCUAGCAUUUAGCACGGAUGGAGUUACUCUAGUGUCUGGGACUGAAGAUGGUAUUGUCAGAGUUUGGGAUACGAAAACCAAGCAUGUUACUCGUGUUUUGAAACAUGCGAAAGGUCCUAUCAACAAUGUUCUUAUAGUUAGACAGCCAUUACUUCGAAAUCCUAUAUCAGUGAACAGGAAGCAUUUGAAUUUGUCAUUGUCACCCCCACUGAGCAAGUAUGUUGAUUCUACAGAUGCAGAAGUUAAAACUAAUGCUAUUGUAUUGCUUCAGUCUCCUUGCCAUGAUCCAGAAGAAAUAAGAUUUUGCAGCUCAUAUGUGAUGGAGAGGCAAAUCAAAGAGCUUCAGAAACAGAACACUUCAGGUGCUGCUGAAAUGGAGAUGGAAAGACUUAGGCUGGAAUGUAGAAGGAAAACACAACUGGUUCAGCAGUGGAAGAAGUUGUAUCAGGACAUGCAGUCUCUCUGUGUAAAUGAGCUGAUGGAUGGAACCCAGGUACGUCUUUUAUAUUGUGCUAGAAUUACUGAUUCCGUGGACUCCUUAUCCCAAGGCUUCAGUGAAGUUUCUAUAAAAAAGCAAUUACUUGUACAUCUUAUCAAGAGAGGAUGACAAAAAGACGGGUUUUGAAACUUGGCUCUAGCUUUUGACACAGUGAUAAAUCACAGGCAAUACAUGGACUUAACAUUUGCAAAAUUACAUUGAAUGGCCAAACCAUGCAGCUUGGAUGUGGGUGUAAGAUUUGGUCCCAUGGUAAAAAUUUUGCAUGUAGAUCUUUAUAAUAGAAUUUAGUGUUACCAAAGAUUGUGCUUGUACAAUAUUUAUAAGAGGUUUCCAAAUUACAUGGAAAUGUCAUUUGCCUUGUGAUAACUCUUCUUCUGUUCCAGUGAAAAUAAAAGGCACCUAUGUGUUUCAGUGUC